AUGAUGGUUUUUUCGACUCCUAGGACACAGGACUUGAUUUUGCGUUACAGCAAGGCACCUGAAGAACUCUCCACUAAUGUGAAUACUAUCAAAGCUCGCAACCGCGUCUCCAACAUUACUGAAGAUGAGAAGGCUGUUCACUUAGCACUCAAGGCUGACCAUGCUGAUCUGAGCUACUACUUAAAGAAGUUAUAUAGGUCUGCAAAGUAUAUCGCUGCCUCUACUGAAGACAAGACACAUCUACAGAAUGAAUUGAAGGUUGAGCGUAUUCGUGUUCGGACUGAGAAGGGUACCCAUGCAUCUUGCAUUGCGAAUCAGAAAGUCAAGAAUAUUAGCGCCUCUUCUUCUUCUCCACAAGCACCACCAUCUACUCCGCCACAACUUCUGUCUGAGCUUGCUGCAUUUGAGGGUAUCUCAAAUGAUUUGGAGUUGGAGCUUAUGUUAUGGCGCGAUGAUAUUUUAAAUCACGAAGCUGUUCUACCAGAUGAGCUUUCCGAUGAAGAGAUCGCUAGCAUCCAGGCUCUCUUAACUCAAGCGCACAUUGAUGCCCAUGAAGAGUCCAAUUUCCGCAAGUGGCAACAUUUCUGGGAUAGAUGUAUCCGCUCAUAUACGAGAAAGGCUGGAAAGCUGAGAAAGAAGCCUGAGCAUCUCUUUGAGUAUAUGCCGUGGAUUGAUGUAGAGGAAGGCACUUUUCACGAGGUUAUCCCACCACAUAAAUAUUUCUGUUUGUACGAGCAGGCAGUUUGGACAAACUUUACAGCUUGGAAGUUUGGAAAGUGGGCCCAAUUACCAGGACCUGCGCAGUGGUACCCAAAGUCUUACAAUCUUGUCGACAAUGGAUGGUUGCAAGUCUCCACUCAUAGUUCUAGCUUCAAAGAGGCAUUCUUACUUGUCUACUCUAAGAAGUUUAAUAAGGAAAAGUGGGCUAAGGUAUCAGCUGCGCAGGAUAUGUUGUUCCUGGAGCUAGAGUAG